UUCCAGUUGUUUCUAGGGAAAAUAUAAGAAAAUAACAACAAAAUACUAUAUCGAUGGUAUAUAUCGAAUACUAGAAAUAUUAAGAUACUGUCUGAGUCUGUAGCUUAGAUUCCUGAAGGCAAUCUUUCUUUGUUUCUUUUUUCUUUUUCAGAAGAUUCAUGGCGGCAACCCCAGAUCGUACUCCUGGUGUGCACGCGUGGAUUUGCGCGCACAUAUUCAUAGCUUCAAGUUUACCUAUCCUCGAAUUUAGCUUUGGUUGGUCAAUAAUUUGUACUGCCUGUGUUUCUAAGACUCUACUUAGUCACUGAGCAUACUGAUCAUGGAUGCAGAAGAGCAACAUGCUGAUCCAGAAAACGUGAAGGAGCAGGUAGUUCCUCUUUCGACAAAAAAUGAGACGUCAGUUUCUCCUAACUCCUCCCAGGAUGCUGCCCCUCUAGGUCAUCCAAGGAGUGGUGCUAGCCAAUCUGUAUCCUUUGGUUCAGGUGGAGAUCGUAAUGUCUACUCACCUACAAUCUAUGCCCCUCAGGCACAGGCUUUCUAUUACAGAGCAGGCUAUGACAAUGCUGCUGGCGAAUGGGAUGAAUUUCCGCCAUAUGUCAAUCCUGAAGGACUGGAACUUGGGUCUUCAGGUGUCUACAAUGACAAUCCAUCACUUGUCUUCCACACUGGAUAUGGCUACAAUCCACAAAUGCCAUAUGGACCAUAUUCCCCAGUCACAACUCCUUUGCCUUCUAUAGGUGGUGAUGCACAGUUGUACUCCCCACAGCAAUUUCCUUUUUCUGGGCCACAAUAUUAUCAGCAACUAGUUCCUCCGAGUAUGCCUUAUAUUACUUCACCUACUCCAGUUUCACAACCAGAGCUAACCACCUUAGUUAAUGUUGACCAACAAGGUGAUAACAUGCUUUUUGGACCAAGGCCUAGUUAUCCCACUCCAUUGGGAUCUUUUGGUAGAGGCAGUUUCCCUGGAAAUCCUGGUGCCGUAGGAUUUAAUGACUUACCGCAAGGAUUUGAUGGAUUGAGGUCUGGAGGACUUUGGUCGGAUUGGUCAAAGCCUUCUGACAGACAGAGAUCUUUGACUCCCAUUUCGCCAGCAGUGUCUCCCCAGCCAAUCGGGCCAAUCGGGCAUAAUGUUGCAAUGGCCUCUCAGCAGCAAAGGUCAUUUUAUCGAUUGGAAUCUGGUAUGAACUCCUAUAACAGAGGCUACCUGCAAAGUGGUCUCAACCAAGGCCCUAGUUUUGGAAGUGCAUCAGUUCCUAGUUUGGGAGCAAACAGUAGGGGCUGGUUGUCUCUUGAUAGUAACAGAAGACGUGGAAGGGGCAGUGGCCUCUCUCUAUGUGGUUGUAAUGGUGCUCUCGAUAUCCUUAGUGAGCAAAACCGAGGACCAAGGGCCUCAAAACCUAAGAAUCAAAUCACAGCUGAACACAAUUCUUCCAUUGAUGAUAAUAAAAACAACAAACCUUCAGCCAAGAUCCAUGAUGAGUCAUUCAACAGGCCAGAUUUCGCUACUGAUUACAAGGAUGCUAAGUUCUUUAUAAUCAAGUCAUACAGUGAAGAUAAUGUUCACAAGAGUAUUAAAUACGGUGUCUGGGCUAGCACACCUAAUGGGAACAAAAAAUUGGAUGCUGCUUAUCGUGAGGCCAAGGAGAAUCAAGAUACUUGUCCAGUGUUUCUCUUCUUUUCGGUGAAUGCCAGUGCUCAGUUCUGUGGGGUUGCUGAAAUGGUUGGACCUGUUGAUUUUGACAAGAGUGUCGAUUACUGGCAACAAGAUAAAUGGAGUGGGCAGUUCCCUGUCAAGUGGCAUAUUAUCAAAGAUGUUCCAAACAGUCAGUUCCGUCACAUUGUACUGGAAAAUAAUGAUAAUAAGCCAGUGACUAACAGUAGAGACACUCAGGAGGUGAGAUUGGAACAUGGAAUUGAGAUGUUGAACAUCUUCAAAAAUUUUGAUACUGAUAUGUCAAUCCUGGAUGAUUUUGACUUCUAUGAGGACCGGCAGAAAGCCAUGCAGGAGCGUAAGGCUAGACAACAAGCUAGCCUCAUGUCUGUCGGGGUUGUUGGAGAAAGUGAGCACAGAAAUACUGUUACAUUAUCCAAUGAUUUCAUCAUAAAGCAGAUGUCUAAGAGUUUUGCUCAAGUUGUUGCCUUGGAUGAUGGUAAUAAAGAAAGCACUACUAUUGAGAGAACUAAUGCUGCUUCUGAUGGUUCAAAAGGUGGAAGGGUUAACCUUGAAGAUGCUAUCACGGCAGCUGUCUCUUCUGCUCAGGCAAGCUAGGAAAAACAUGCUGGGAAUUUUGGGCAGCCUUGCUGUACUGUAUGUGACACAAACUUCUUUUUCACCUCUUGUUUUUAUUUUUUCUUGUGAGAAGUUAGAUCUCUCAUUUGGUGAAAUUUCAUUGGAGUGCAUCCGUAUUUGAACAAGGUUUUACAAGUUUUAUGGGGCUGAUUUGCUUCAUAUGUAAUAUUUGCCUUCUGAGUGUUUCUUUAACUGUAGUCAUUAGUUUUCUUUUCUUCUUCCUUUUUCUUCUACCUUUGCUUUGCUUUUUUGGGUGAGAAAAGUGAAAAUACUGGCUGAUAUCUUGCUUUUGUAAAGUUCCCCAUCUUUGCAGGCAGUUUAAUAAAGGAAUACAGCAAAUGGUGUUAUGGAAUC